AUGGGGAGCUACAAACUAGCAUCUCGAAUCAUUGCCGAAGGAGCUGAUCUUCAUGCAAAACAAACAUGGUAUGAUACAUGGGAAGGCAAUAUUGAGAAUGUGACCGCGCUCCACAUAGCUAGCGGAUCCUGGAACCUAGCUUUCGUCCAGACUUUGCUCGAACGCUAUGGUGCUGAUGAAUUUGCUCGGGCGGUAUCUGCAUCUGACAGUAGAGGACGACUUCCUCUUCACUGGGCUUUGCUUAAUCUCAGUGACACGUUCAGAAGACCGUCGGACGAGGAAACAAUGUCGACGGGGCUCAAACUUGUCAACUUAUUACUGGAAUCUAAUCCAGACACGAUCAAUGCGCAGAGCUCUGAUGGAGCAGUCUUUAACUUCCUCACAUAUGGAAAUGUCAUACAUGCCGGAGAGUUGGCCCUUAUGAAAGCUCUCCUCCGCCUCAACCCAACUAUUAGCACUGUCAACGCACAAGAUAAAUCAGGUGCAACUGCUCUCUUGAGAGUAUUAUCUCACCACGAAACGUGCAAUUCUGUUCGUGAAAUUUACACUAUGCCAUUGGUCAAGCUUCUCCUCGCGCAUGGUGCCGACAGGACGGCCUGUGACAAGAAAGGUCAAACCACGCUACACAAGCUAGCUGCUGGUACGUCAUAUGACGACCCAAUCAGUCCCGAUCUGCUUGAGAUGUUCAUCCCGUUCGUUGAUAUCAACAAAGCUGAUGCCAAUGGCUGGACGGCCCUUCACUGGAUGGCAAGAAACCUGCGACAAAUCGAGCCGUCUCGUUUACUAGUCAGUCGGGGCGCUGAUGUGAAUGUCAUCAACAAAAAAGGCAACACGCUUCUCCAUGAAGCGGUGGGGGGCAGGCUCAUACGCAAACAGAAGGCAGAUGAAACGAUUGAAUACCCCACACCUGGGGAGAAGAACCGGGCCCUGGACGAAAUCGUCUCAAUAUUGCGAGAAGCCGGCGCAUCAAUGGAUCAGCCUAAUUUGGCACGCCUGACGCCCGCGCAGAUACAAGCACAAACGCGGGCAAAAUGGGAGAAAGGGUGUGAAUAG